AUGGAACGUUAUGCAUCAGAGAAAAUACUUAUAGCACAAGUUGGACUAACUGCAGCUAAACCAUCGACUACACCAAUUGAUACCAAUGUUAAGCUCACAACAAAAGAAUAUGAUGAGCACACUUCAAAGAAUGACAUAUCAGUCGAAGACUCUACAGCAGAUCAGACAGUCUUGUAUCUAACAAUUACUAUACCAGAUAUUAUAACCUAUGGAGUUCAAGCUCUAAGUCAAUUCCUUCAGCAACCAAAGAAAUCUCAUAUGGAAGAUGCGUUAAGAAUUGUGAAAUAUGUGAAGAACAAUCCAGGACAAGGUAUACUGUUAUCAAGUCAAUAUAUCAACACUGUCACAACAUAUUGUGAUGCAGACUGGGCAGCUUGCCCAAUCACUAGGAGAUCUGUUACAGGUUCUUUUUUAUCAAACUCUGUGAUCUUCGCAUUUGCGAAGGAGCUCUCUGCAAAUGCGACCUCCUUCGCAAAUGCGAGCUCGCAAGUGCGAGCCCUUGCAUCGCAAUUGCGAGAACAAGGAUUUGGCUUUGCUGAUCGCAAAUGCGAUCUCUUUGUUCGCAAAUGCGAAAAUGGGCAGUCGCAAAAUGCGACUUUUCCUUCGGAAAUGCGAGACCUGGGAAAAUAG